CACACUUUAUUAAUCUCAAUAAUAUUUUUCAUAACAUAUACAGUACGGAGUAUUUAACAAUAUUGCGGAAGCGAAUUUAAUAUUGACAUAUCAUAAAUCAUUUCAAAACUUGUCACAUCCAUCCCGACAAUCUCGCCCCAUCUGCCGCCAGGAUCACAUUAAUCUUUCUGUUUACCUGCGUGUAGCAAAUAAAACAUACUACACGCUCAGCGGUGAAGCUGAAGCCCCUUAAGCCUUAAAUUUGGGGUAAGUUGGAAGAAGGGGUUAUGUUCCCAUGGCAGUGGCGAUUAUGAGACCGUUAAUCCGGCGGCUAUUCUUGCACUCCUCAGCCACCAUAGCCCCCCGGCCGACUCCUCCGGUAUUCAACCUCCACGCGAAAAUAAAUUUCGCAACAUCCUCCACUCGCUCCAGGAGAAACAGAGCAAGAUCCAAUGAGAUUACAAGCAGCAUCGCGCAGAAGAGCAGAAAGUCGCUACUCAAUCGGAGGACCCGGUCGGAGAAGGAGAUCGACGAGGAGAGCUUUCUAAAGCUCUACGGGAAUGACGAUUCUGCACAUGUCCCAGUCUUGCUUGGUGAAGUGGUUGAUGUUUUUUCAUCUGUCCGACUCCGAUCCUUCGUAGAUUGCACUCUCGGCUGCGCUGGCCACUCCUCCGCGAUUAUUCUUGCACAUCCAGAAAUGCAAGUUUAUAUCGGGCUAGAUGUUGAUCCGGUCGCACAUCAAAUGGCUCAAGACCGAAUGAAUGCUGUCUUAAAGGAGUCUAAUUAUUCUGUUUCAAAAUUGAAGGUGCAUACCUAUUUGAAAAAUUUUAAGGAUGUGAAGUAUGUGCUAUGCGAGGUUGACAAGCAGCUAAUAACUUCUGGAGUUGAUGGGAUCUUGAUGGACUUGGGAAUGUCCUCUAUGCAGGUGAAUGAUGCUCAAAGAGGUUUUAGUGUGCUGAAACGUGGACCCCUUGAUAUGCGAAUGGAUCCUAAGGGAAGUCUAAAAGCAGAAGACAUUUUAAAUUCUUGGCCAGCUGAUGAAGUGGGUCGAAUUUUACGUGAUUAUGGGGAGGAAAGCAAUUGGCACUUCCUUCAAAACAAAAUCGUUACAGCCCGCCAGACUGGAGGGCUGCACUCUACUGGUCAACUAGUUCACCUCAUUCAGAAUUCAACUUUCAGGACAAAAGGAAGACAAGGAUGGAUAAAGACGGCAACACGAGUCUUCCAAGCUCUUAGAAUAGCUGUGAACGAUGAACUCAGGACGCUGGAGGGUUCUAUCUAUUCAUGCUUUAGUGCCCUUGCUCCCGGUGGGAGGCUAGCCAUUAUCUCGUUCCACAGCUUGGAGGACAGAAUAGUGAAGCAUGCAUUUCUUCGCAUUAUCAAUGGGGACAACCUUGCUGCUGCUGCUACCGAAGCAGGAGAAAAAUGUCCACACAGUUCGGAGGAAAUGGAAGAUGGCAAAAGAGAAGUGUGGGUUAAACAGACGAUACGAGGACAGAAUGGGACAAUCCUCACUAAGAGACCCAUAACGCCGUCUCAAAGUGAAGAGGCGUUGAACACUCGGAGCCGGAGCGCUAAACUGAGGGUAAUUCAAAAAGGUCUGCGAUAGAUGAAAAUUGUUAAUUGUGGGCUGUUCAAUGUUCUCAGCAUAACCACCUAUGUAAGAGUAUAGUAAAUAUAUCACCCCUUUAAGUUUAGCAUAAAAUUUUCAUUUGAGCAUCUCUAUUGCAUGCAAUAUGUUAGGUCUGAGGCAAGUCAAGUCUAAAUUAAGAUGAAAUGUAUGA